CUCCGACAACAAUGUCUUUAGCUAGUGUUCACGGACCGCAAUUUACCGAUAUCUGCAGCCCAUUGGGACGCAGCAGUAUUAGCAUGUCUUCAUCAUUGUCCGAUUUAGUCGGUAGUCCGUUGGAAAUUUCCGUGGACAAUGUACUUACUAUUGAAGAGCUGCGUCAGCACAUGGGCUCAUGUUUUACAUGUGGAGUAUCCUGGACCGAUGAUCAUGUUUCUCUCGAUUGUAGUGAAUGUGGAGGCUAUAGCUUAGAGCGACCUUGCCCACUAUGUGAUGGUCAAUGUGGUGUACUGUGGAAGCGUGAUUUCACAAUGUCGCAUGCCUAUAGCAAAGCUCGAUGGCAUGGGGUGUGUCCCAGUUAUCAGGAGGCAAUGACACAUUUAAAUCCCCACGAAUCUGCUGCUACCGUCACAUCCUCCGCUCCGCCAUCAACAUGUGCCAACGCAGCCACGCAUAUGCGUUUGGCCCAGGAGCUGUGUCUACGUUUGGAAGAGCUUUCAGCAAGUGCUCAUACGUGAUGAUACGUCAAGCAGCUGUCUAAAAGUUCCUCAAUUUAUCGUUAUUCCAUUUUCAUCUGAAUUGAAAAAAACCUUAAUCAAUUAGCCCAUGUUUCAUUUCUCAACUGUUUACUAAUCUACCUGAGAGUUAUUAGUUUUCAACUUGUUUAAUAAAACUCAACUAAUUACAAUUCACUAUAAAUAAUUAUGUAAUUAUAACUAUGAAAAAAUUUUGCUGUAAAGCCUGCCUCUUAAAAACUGAUCCAUGCCAAAAUUCAGAAUUUAUGUAAAUCUUAUAGAAUUUCUCAUUUUGUUAUUGUAAGUUAUCUUUCCGUUAAGACUUCCUUCCAUGCACAUAUUGUAUAAUAUGUACAUACAUAUUAUAUUUAUAAAAAAAAGUAAAUGUAAUUCACAAUGUAUUUGUAAACUUAAAUGAGUAUAAUUAAGUACGACGGAGUGGUUGUUACAUUUUAAAUAGUAUACAAGGGGUACACAAAUUUGAAGCGGAAUCAAAAACUGAAAAGCUGAAAGAAUACAUAAGGAUAAGUUAAUUAAGAAUUGGUAUUUACAGAAUUUGUGGAAGGGUGUUCAAAGUUUUAUAGUAAUUUAUAUAAUUCACUGGUUUUACGUAUAUUAAUUUUAAUCAUGAAGACAUUUGCAUUUUGUGUUGAUAUAAUAUUUAAAUUUCUAAUACAAUUAAAUAUUGAAAUAAUUAUACCAAAAUCGAAUUUAGGUCGACAAUUUUGAUUUCCAACAUUGACAAAGGCUCUGCCUAAUAUAAAUACAUACAUACAUUUCGAAUGCUCAAUUGAUAAGUGCUGUGCCGUAUUUAUAUUAAUAUAUCUGCGGUUUAUAAAUUUAAGCUGAAAUAUGUAAGUGUAUAAGUUUUUAGAUUUUCUAUGAAAAUCUGUUUAUUUUUCCGUUGUAAUUUAAUACACUGAAUAUACAUAAGUAAUAUUGUUUGUAGUUACAUAUUAUUCCGUAAUAUUACUUUAUAUAUAUAGUGAUAUGUAUUUGUAUAUACUUAAUAAAUAACUUCAAAAAUCUUCUUAA